AUGACAACAAUGGUUUUGGAAGAAAACUCGACUGAUUACCAAUGCGAAUAUCCGCCACUAGACAUUUCUUUCAGCUUGAAAAUCCUUAUAACAACAGCAUAUGGAGUAGUAGGCGCGAUGAGUCUAAUAGGAAAUCUUGCUGUUCUCAUCAUUGUAAUGUGCCGAAAAGAGAUGCAAACUGUCACCAAUAUCUUUAUAAGCAGUGUGUCUGCAGCGGAUCUGGUUAUCACUGGGUUCUCGCUCUGGGCCACUCCACUUGCUUAUUAUCAAAGAGUUUGGUACUUCGGACGUGCAAUGUGCUACAUGGUGUCAAUUGUUCAAGGUCUUUCUCUUAUGUGGGUUCCAUUGACACUUGCCGCUGUUGCUUUGGACCGUUAUACACUUGUAGCGUCACCAUUUCAACAACCGAUGAGCAUUCGCACGUGCCUAACAAUUAUUGUGGGCAUUUGGCUCGGCGCAUUUGCUGUUCUGACGCCAAUGCUUACCACAAUUGAUUUUGUCGAUGGAUACGGACCGUGUCACUUUUGCGUCGAAAAUUGGGGAGAUAUGCAACAAUAUCGUCUCUUUUAUGGCUUGUCGAUUCUCUUUAUCCGCUCUGCUCUUCCAUUGGUUCUCAUCUCGCUAUGCCAUUGGAGAAUUGCUGCGAUUCUCAACUCGCAGACACGAAAGUUUAAAGCAAUGAGAAAUGCUAGCACGACAUCGCAAUCAACGGAUAUUCGGCGAAAGCAGAGGCUGCAAACUCUUCUUCUUGCAAUGGUCGUUAUUUUUGCUGCAUCGAGUUUGCCCCUUGAUUUGUCAAAUGUGUUGCAGGACUUAACCGUGGUCUACCAUAUCCGAGCGGUUAAUGAGGAGGUGAGACAUUUCAUUUUCUACUUCUCUCAUUGGACAGCAAUGGCGGGAACACUUCUGAACCCAUUGGUGUAUGCUUGGUGGAACGAAAAUUUCCGUCGGCAAAUCAAAGCAUGUGUUGAUGAAAUGCGAGGACAAGGCAAAUUUAAAGGAGGACUUUAUUCAAUUGUUUCUGGAAGAGGUGAUGAGGAAAACCAAAAUGCCACUCAAUCCCAUCGAAGACAAACCACGCGAGUCGAAAUUGGACCCAGAAGCCGCUUGCAAAUCGAAGAAGAUAUUCAGCAGACUGACCUUUAA